GCUGCUAUCUGGGAAGUGGGAAUUCUUUUCCUAAUUUUCUUCAAUGAUGAUGCCUAAGCAAAGCAUUCAAUGUGAUAUUUUGUGGGAUCUAUAGAUAUUAGGAAUAUUAGGAAUAAGCAUUUUUGCUUUGUGACAAAAAAUAAAGAAAAGGGUAUGGACAAAAUUAAAAGAAAAACAGAAAAAAGCUAUCAGGAUUAGGCCUUCUGCAACACUAGAAGAGCCUGUACUGCAUUGAUGAACAGAUUCUCUCCCUGUUUGUUUGUCUCCUCUUACUGUUUCUGUUAUGCAAUGAGUCCUGUAAAUGGUGACCCUUUCUUUGUCUUGGGAUUAUAUCUCUCAAAUCAGUUCUAGACCCAACCUGAAUUGUCAUCACAAUUUGACACUUUCUAGUUGUACUGUACUUGCUUUAGCCUCAACUCUUUCAAGAGAUCUAAAAUUCCACGAGCUUUUCCUGACAAAGAUCAUGUUUUUGGCUUUUGGAGUUUACCUUCCUCAGAAUCACCACUUUAUACUUUUUACCACGGUCCACACUCACCGCAUUGUUCUCCUCUCAUUGCACUUUGCAGUAUGAACAAUGUCCUUCUGCUGUUAAAAAACAAAGUAAUUGAGGAUGGCCUGGAAAAUAAUUCUGGAAACCAGUUUGGUAUAGAGAUAGCUGAUACUUUCUUGUUUCACCAGCUCUUGAAAAGCUCUUGGCUCUUAGUCCAGGUUUUGAGAUUCCUUGGGAAUAUUUUGGGAUUUGAAACUCCAUUUCCCUGCUUUGGAAAUUUAUGGUCGUAACAAUGUUCAAUAGAAAGCAGCAAUUCCACCUGUCCAUUUGAAUGAAGACAACCUGUUUAAGGAGUUUUCCAGCUUUUCUUAGCUGUAUAGUUAUAGUCAACCAAGACCACUGCUUGGAUUUUUGGGAAGCUAAUGUUAUAGACUAGAGUCUUACACUCACCUUCCCUUUUCUAUCUCUUUUACAAUUAUUUCUACUACUUCCAAAUCUCCUUGGUAAAUAUGUAACUUUCUCUAGAAGCAUUGUGAAUUCAUUUUUCUUCCCUCAAUUUUGACAGCUAUAUAAAUCAGUUUGCUGUAUCUAUAAUCCAUUCCCAUUAUGACAGUUCAUUACACUCCUUGGUAUGUUCCCUUUUCACUCGUGAACUUUGUCCCUCGUGUGCUAUUUCUGGUUAACAAAUCCACUUCCUUUGUCACUUUGGAUCUUUGUUUACAUUGUGGUAGAUCCAUUAUGGGGUGAGGUUUUCUUCUUAAUAUUUAAUGACCAUAUUUUGAAACUGUAUAGGGGUGAUGCACAAACUGAGAAUUCAUAAGGAGUUCCUUGGGUGAUGCAUGUUUACAAUGCGAUUGUUAUGGGGGCUAAGGCUGCCUCUGCUAAUGAUACUGAUUCAUCUUUUAUUUCCCAACAGAGCAACCUACAAAUUCUACGCUGAGGCUUUGAUCACUUUCAAGGAGGGUUUGGUUGGAGGUCCACCACAAUUAAGAUGCAGCAUUGUGAAAUAUGCAUGUCAAAAGCAAUGGCCUUGUCUUCACUGCUAUAAACUAAAAGAUUCAGGUGGAGUAACAACAAAGAUAGAUGGGAAUAAUGACAUUCCAACACUUACACCUCUUCCAGAAACUCAAGAUAGAAAACCAGGUGGAAGAAGGAGUUCUGUCAUAAUUGGUGGCGUUAUUGCUGCCAUUGUUGUCGUUGUAGUUCUGGUGACUGUCUAUAUCUGCUUGAUGCGUGUUAAAAAAUCUCUGAGGCAAACAUCUGAGGCUGCUUCUUCUAUGCCAUCUCCCACUGUUGAGAUGGGAAGAGUCAACACACAGCAUGUCAUUGCUUUCUCUCCACAAAACACAAGGGAGUUAACACUUUUGGAACUGGAACAAGCUACACAAAAUUUCAGUCAUAAUAAUAUCAUUGGUGAAGGUGGAUUUGGUGUUGUAUACAAGGGCUUGCUUCAAGAUGGUUCUAUUGUGGCUAUAAAAAGGUGUCUAUUUGCUCUGACAAAAGAUUUCGUCCUAAAUGUGAAACAGAUUGCUCAUGUUCACCACAUUCAUCUUGUGAAACUCAUAGGCUAUUAUGAAGAUAGCCAUCAACAAUUACUUGUAUAUGAAUAUCUCCCUAACGGCAAUGUAGGGAGUCACCUAUAUGAUAGUGAAGGUUUACCUGUUGGAAGGUUAAACUUGUGGCGAAGGUUAUCUAUUGCUUUAGGCGCAUCCAAAGGAAUGGAACAUCUUCAUAGUUUGGUUCCUCCUUUGGUUCACACAAACUUUAGAACUAGCAAUGUUCUGUUAGAUGAAACUUACACUGCCAAGGUUUCUGAUUAUGGAUUCUGCAAACUGCAAACACAAGUUGAUCAUGCAGGCUCGUCUUCAAAUGUAGAUUGUUUUCUUGACCCAGAGUUGAGCUUUCCACAAAACUACUCAGAGAAGAGUGAUGUAUACAGUUUCGGGGUGUUCUUACUAGAGUUGAUUUGUGGCUGUGAAGCACGUAACAAAAACAUGUUACACCCAGAUGAAAAUAUAGCAUUUCAGGCAAAAAAUCGUGUUGACUUGGACAAAUUUGUUGACAUGACCUUGGGAUACAGAGAAAAGCAUGGUGCCAGACGAAUUUUGAUGUUGGCAUUGCAGUGUGUGGAUGCUACUUCUAGAAGACCAUCAAUGGCGCAAAUUGUGCUACAGUUGGAGCAAAUUCAAAGAGAAAUUGCUCCCAUGUAUUCUCAAUUCAACGAUGAGAUUGGUGCCGUGACUCUUGGGAGUGAGCUUUUUCAAUAAUAAGCCUUGCCAUGUACGCAAUGCUACUUUAGAAACCAUUUUUGUUGUUGUUGCAGAACUCUUAUUUUUAUGCUUAUUGACUUAUUGUUGGUCCUGGAACGAUAUUAUUAAUUUGUAAUUAUUACAAAGUAAAUAAAAUGUUGAAAACAAGUAGGAACUACAUUGGAUAUUA